AUGACAAGUAAUCUUGAUCAAUUUCAUGAUGUCAAAAAGAUAGAUGGAAAAUGUUUAGAGCAAUCUAAAAAUAUCUCUUGUUUACCAAUAUGUGAAAAUCAUUUGCUAAACAAAAAAAAUCUGAAUGAUCCUUACUUGCCAAAAUAUAUUGACAGUGAAACUGUGUUCGGCAUUAAGACAAAAGCAAACCCUCUAGGGGAAGUUGUAUUCCCAUAUAAGCUUCCAGGACAACUCUUUCUUGAAGAUACAUAUGGUACAGAUUUGUAUAAAAUUUCACAUCAUAGCUAUCCACUUGGAGAACAAGUAAAAAGAAAUUAUACAAAUCAUUUUAAUCCCAAUGUUCGUUAUGGUAAACUAAAUAAAGUUUUACCAGCUGGAAUAUGGUUUAAUCAUGAAUAUUCAAAUAAAAUACAGAAAACUAAAAAUUCUGAAAAUCAAGUCCUCAAAGAGAUGUUAAAAGUAUUAGAAAAAAAUGAAAAUUCUAAUUGUCGGUAUCCAUAUGUCGAUAAUAGGCAAGGCAAGUUUAUUGGAAGAUCUUACUAUGGAAUCAAAGAUAUUUUAACGGGUAUCGGCCCUGAUAAGAAUGAAAUGCUACAUACUGAGUGUUUAAUGAAUAUUAAUAAAUUAAAAAGUUAUGUAAAAAGAAGAAAAUGUAAUUUAAGAAAACUAUAUGAUAUAUACUUAUCUUUAGAUAAGGAAAACUCAGGAUGGUUACCUAAGGACCAGGUCCUUGCAUUAUGUUAUGCUCAUCAAAUUAGACCGGACAAAUUUCAAUUUGAUUACGUAUUAAAAAUAUUAAAAGCUAUAGAAAACGAAAAAGUAAAUUACAACAUUUUCAUUGAGCUGAUAGACCCAAAUAGAUGUCUCCCGGACGCACUUAAAAAUUCUAAAGUGUUUGAUUUAGAAAGAUUUACUACAUCUUAUAAGAUUGAAUAUGAAAAUAAUAUCACUCGUUUUGCCAACAGUGGAAUAAGUGAAAAAAAAAUCUUAUACAAUACUCAAAGACCUCUUAUAAAUGCUUAUAAAGAUUGUUUUGGAGAUGAAACUGAUGUCAAAGCAUUGUUAAAUCCAUCUAUAUUUACAAAUUAUGGAUUGACACACAGAGACUUUUACAUGGGUCGUGAUAAAAAUACGAUGAAAAUUAUAUUUAAAAAUAUUGAUGUACAUCUACCAGACGAAUUAUUUGAUAAAAUUUGGGAUUAUGCUUAUGAUUGUGAUGGAUAUAACGAAAAAGUUAGUUUAGAAACGUUCAGGCAAAUACUUGAAAAAAUUGCUGUUGAAAUGAUCGACUAA